AUGAAGACUAUCAAUUUAAUAUCCCCUACCAAUGAUGACUCCAUUAAGCUUGCGGAGGUGUCGAAGAUAAUAUUCAAGUCUAAGAAGUCCACAGUAUUGACGGGGGCCGGGAUAUCGUGCAAUGCCGGGAUUCCCGACUUCAGAUCGUCGGAUGGUUUGUACAACAUGGUCAAGGCCAAGCACCCCAAGCUGGUGGUGCGUGGGCAGGAUCUCUUUGACAUAUCGUUAUUCAGAGAUGAAGUUUCGUUGUCGGUGUUCUGCACGUUCAUGGAAGCAUUGUACGUAAGCACAAAGGAAGCCAAGCCUACGGAAACGCAUAAGUUCAUUAAGACGUUGAAGGAGAAGAAUAAGUUAUUGAGGUGCUACACCCAAAAUAUCGACGGCUUGGAAAGGAGCUGUGACUUAAACAUGGGCAUACAAGAGGGCCACCUCGUGGUGAAAAACGAAAACGGAGUCCAGGUGCAGCAAUCGUCCAUCACAUCUGCAGGGCAGUUCACCAAGUCCUGGAAGGAGUUGGAUGUGGUGCAACUUCAUGGAAACUUGCAUCAACUCUCCUGUACACACUGUCUUACAUCAUACGCAUGGACUCAAGAGUACCAGUCACUCUUGUCUCAGGGUCUUAACCCAGAAUGUAAAUCAUGUCACGAAAAGUACUUAGAAAGAUUAUACCUGGGUAAGAGAAUGACGGGGAACAUUGGGCUCUUGCGUCCGCUGAUUGUUCUCUAUGGAGAAAACCACCCGCAGGCUGAAUACUUGGCCCGUGGUUUAAACCAUGACUUGAAAUCUAGGCCGGAUUUGUUGCUUAUCAUGGGUACAUCAUUGAAAGUAGACGGGGUCAAAAAAUUGGUCAGAUCGUUGUCCACUUCGAUUCACAGCAAGGGAGGAAAGAUCAUAUUCGUGAACAAGACGCCUCUCUCUUCGUCGUCAUGGAACGGUAUAAUCGAUUACCAAGUGUUGAGUGACUGUGAUGAGUUUGUAAAGUCAGUUAAGAGAGAAAUUCCUGACUUGUUCUUGACCCAGGAACAAUUAGAUAGUAAGAAGUUGCUCACCCCGGCAAAGAAGGCUGUCAAUAAGAGUAAUACUUCCGACAGUGCUUUCACACCACCUACCACUCCAACAAAGGUUAAAGUGAAAUCUGAAAUUAAAUCCGAACAGACCAUUGGCAUGGAUUUAAUUUAUCAAAUCAAGAAAGAAGCGGAGACGUACAAAAGAAUGAAUCUUUCCAUACCGACUCCAGAACUUACACCAGCAUCGAGUUUUGACGAGGAGACUUUCAAACCAGCAUUAAGACAAGUAUCCAAGUCACAAUUAAACAGGAAAAUAAAGGUCAAGAAGGAAAGCAAAGAAGAUGUGAAAGAUGAGAAAUUAUUGAAGAGAGUGUCACCAACUCCAACAAACGAAGAAAUACCUAUGAAGAAGUGUAAAGUAUAG